GUAGUCUGCGGUGUGGGUUUAUAUUUCAAACUGUGGUGAUUGGUUUGCUGAAACUCUUAGGUGGUAGCUUUAGGUGCGGGUGUUACUUUAUUAUUAUUAUUUUUUGCAGCUGCACUGCACGCUUAGACAAAGUGUUGCUUUUCUAUAUACUUAAAAAGUAUCUCUCUUUUCACUAAUUGGUCACUUGGGUCAGGCAAUGUCCCAUUCCACUAACAUAACAAUAAUAAGUAUUUCUUUCCUACUUUAUAGCUCUCAAUUACAUGCUGGGAUGCAGAAAGUGCUCAUCUAACCGGCCAUUGAUAGAGUAAUGAGCUUUUCCAUCCAUCACUUAAAAAGAGUAGCUGCAGCAGGCUUUUAUGCUUAGGGUUUCGCUUCUCUGCGACGGACAGACGGUGAGGGUCGAGGUGAGCUUUAGGCUUUAUUUACUUUUAUGGCGGCUGCCAAUCCACUGCCACUGCAAGCGCGUCCGUAUGAGGACCACGUGCAAGCUCCUAUACAGAUCGACGAUGAUGAUGUCCGUGAGUACGAGGACGGUGAUGCUAUGGAUGACGUCGAAGAUAAUACUCCCAUGAAUUCCGGUGUCAACGUCGCCGAGCACGGUGGAGGUGGUGUGAUUGUGGCGUCGAGAACUAGUGAACUUACUCUUUCUUUUGAAGGAGAAGUUUUUGUUUUCCCUGCUGUUACCCCUGAGAAGGUGCAAGCAGUGCUCUUGCUUCUGGGAGGACGGGACAUACCCACUGCUGUACCGACUAUUGAAGUUCCUUGUGUUCAAAAUAACAGGGGCGUAGAUGAUACCCCAAAGCGCUCAAAUCUUUCACGAAGAAUAGCAUCCCUUGUUAGGUUCCGUGAGAAACGUAAGGAGAGAUGUUUUGACAAGAAAAUAAGAUACACUGUGCGAAAAGAGGUUGCACAAAGGAUGCACCGCAAGAAUGGGCAGUUUGCAUCCUUAAAAGAAAGCUCAGGCGGUUCAAGUUGGGAUUCUGCACAGAGUUGCCUACAAGAUGGUACUCCUCGUCCUGAAACUGUUGUCCGAAGAUGCCAACAUUGUGGUGUUAGUGAAAAUAAUACUCCUGCAAUGCGUAGAGGGCCAGCUGGACCAAGGACUUUAUGUAAUGCAUGUGGUCUGAUGUGGGCAAAUAAGGGAACAUUAAGGGAUCUCAGUAAAGGCGGAAGGAAUGCCUCUACAGACCAAAUUGAGCCUGAAACACCAAUUGAUGUCAAGCCAUCUAUUAUGGAAGGAGAAUUCUCAGGGAAUCAGGAUGAGCAUGUUUUGCAAGAAGCAAGUGAAGAUCUUACAAGCACUUUGCCUAUGAGAGUUGUCCACUCUUCAGCAGAUGAUGAUGACCAGGAACCGCUGGUUGAGCUUGCUAAUCCUUCAGAUGCAGACCUGGACAUUCCCUCUAAUUUUGAUUAGAAAAUCGUAAGCUGCUUCUCUCCAUUAAUAUCGGGAGAGGUGGAUUGUAGUGGGGCAGUAUCAUUUUGCUGCAUCUUGUCUUCAUGCAGCACGAAGGUGGAUGUUACUGAUACCUCAUACGGAGGGGCAAUUAGCAAAUUGAAUUGUAACCAGAUACAGGCAUGACGUUGGAUCCCCAAGGACAAAUUACCUCAUGUUGGGAGAUGAUGUGAUGCUGCUUCCAGCUAGCACCAAAAUAUCAGGCGAUACUCGUUGUUGAUAUUAGGUUGGAUCUUGUACGUGUAUGAUUUGGUAGAAGAUGUGCCCGAGUGAUUUUGACCUGUCUAUAUAUGAUUUAAUUUGUUAGGCUGUUGCAUGAUUGCAAUUUGCUCUGAUGCCGUCAUAUUAACACGGCAUGACUGAAAUAAUUGAGCUUCCGAUAUUCUGAUAUCUAAUUCAAGCCUUUGAUUUAACAACAAUGUCUGAGGCACAUUGUAAUUAUGUAAAAAUAUUAGUGAAGGUAUGGAACACAGUUUAGUGA